UUGUUUUUAUUUCAGUUGCUGCGAGGGCUGUCUUACAUCCACCAGCGUUAUAUUUUGCACAGAGACCUGAAACCACAGAAUCUUCUGAUCAGUGACACGGGGGAGUUGAAGCUGGCAGAUUUCGGUCUUGCAAGAGCAAAAUCUGUCCCCAGCCACACAUACUCCAAUGAAGUAGUUACCUUAUGGUACAGACCUCCAGAUGUCCUCCUGGGCUCCACAGAGUAUUCCACCUGCCUUGACAUGUGGGGAGUCGGCUGCAUCUUUGUUGAGAUGAUCCAAGGAGUUGCUGCUUUUCCAGGAAUGAAAGACAUUCAGGAUCAACUUGAACGUAUAUUUCUGGUUCUUGGAACACCAAAUGAGGACACAUGGCCUGGAGUCCAUUCUUUACCACAUUUUAAGCCAGAACGCUUUACCCUGUACAGCUCUAAAAACCUUAGACAAGCAUGGAAUAAGCUCAGCUAUGUGAAUCAUGCAGAAGAUCUGGCCUCUAAGCUCCUACAGUGUUCCCCAAAGAACAGACUAUCAGCACAGGCUGCCUUGAGCCAUGAGUAUUUUAGUGACCUUCCCCCACGGCUAUGGGAACUGACUGAUAUGUCUUCUAUUUUUACCGUCUCAAAUGUGAGAUUGCAACCAGAAGCUGGAGAGAGCAUGCGGGCCUUUGGGAAAAACAAUAGUUAUGGCAAAAGUCUAUCAAACAGCAAGCACUGAUGAGCACAGCCCUCUCAAGAGAGCAGGACACCCUUGUGAAGCCAGCAUUUUUUUAUUGCACAUCUGCAGAGAGG